GUCCUUCUUCGAUUGCUGUUAGUGAUUUCAACAAUGAUAAACAAUUGGAUAUUGCCAUUGCUCAAUAUGGUACCGAUAAUAUUGGUAUUCUUCUAGGAUAUCGACAUCCAGAUGCUACACGUCAAAAGGCAGUCAUACCAGGAAGUGAACUUCAUCCUUGCUUGAUAGCUCUGGCUGAUGUUAACAACGAUAAUUUACUCGAUAUCGUCGCUAUUAAUGUAACUGCUCGAAGUAUAAAUAUUUUUCUCGGAUUUGAUAAUGGUAAUUUUUCAAAUGCAAUAAGGUCUGCAACAGGAAAUGGUUCUUUAAUUCAAUCGUUUUCUAUCGGUGAUUUUAAUAAUGACAAUCGAUUAGAUAUUGUUGCUAUUAAUAUUGAUGGUACCGAUAUAGAAAUAUUUCUAGGUUGUGGUAAUGGCUCGUUUGCAGAUCAAUCAACAUAUCCAAUUCGAAAUCCAUAUGGUUCACAAUGGAUUGCUGUAGGUGAUUUUAAUAAUGAUAAUCGAACAGAUAUCGUUGUCUCGAAUUCUUUUAGUCACAAUAUUUAUGUCUUUCUUGCGAAUGCAAAUGGAACAUUUCCAAAUCCUGUAGAAUAUUCAAAUGGAGAUGAAUUUAUACCUAAUGCGAUUACUGUUAAUGAUUUCAAUAAUGAUAAGCAAUUGGAUAUUCUUGUUGUUAAUGAUUAUCCUGAUCAUAGACAAUUAGAAAUAUUUCUUGGUUAUAGCAAUGGAAUGUUUACCAAUAAAACAACAUAUACAAUUCCAUUGAGAACAGAUUAUUCUGUAACUUUACUCGCUGUUGCUGAUUUCAAUAAUGAUAAUCAACAAGAUAUUGUUGUUUGUUACAGUAGAACUGAUCUAAUAGGAAUAUUUAUUAGUAAUGGUCUUGGACGUUUUGCAUCUGAAAAAAUAUAUUCAUUUGAAACUAAUUCGAAUCCACAAUCGUUAUUUAUCGGUGAUUUAAACAAUGAUAAACGAUUAGAUAUUAUCGUAGCUUUGACUUACACGAAUAAAGUUGCUGUUUUUCUCGGAUUUGGUGAUGGAGCAUUUGAACUAGUUAGACAUUAUUCUACGGGUGAUAAAUCUGGACCGUUUUCCAUCGGUGUUGCCGAUUUAAAUAAUGAUCAUGUAUUGGAUAUUGUUCUGUCAAAUGGUAUUUCUGGAAGUAUAGAUAUAUUCUUUGGUUUCUAUCGUGAGAUCUUCUUCCGACAUCUAGUAUACGCUACUGGUAAAGGUUCCGCUUCUCACUCAAUUGCGAUUGGUGAUUUUAAUAAUGAUACUCGACAAGAUAUUGUCGUUACUAAUUCAGGUAACGAUAAUAUUGGAGUAUUUUUUGGAUAUGGUAAUGGAAAGUUUCAAAAUCAAACGACUUAUCUAACUGGUAUUAGUUCUCGACCGCAGUCAGUUGCUGUUGGUGAUUUUAAUAAUGAUAAUUAUCUGGAUAUUGUCGUUGCUAAUUAUGGAAAUGAAAGUAUUGGUAUAUUUCUUGGACUCAUAAAUGGAUCAUUUUCAAAUCAAAUCAAAUAUUCAAUUGGUUUUGGUUCUCGACCAUCUGCAAUUAUUGUUUUUGAUUUUAAUAAAGAUAAUCAGUUGGAUAUUGUUAUUACUGAUGAUGGAACGAGUAAUGUAAUAAUGUUAGUCGGAUUUGGUAAUGGCAGUUUUGGACUAUUAACAAAAUAUAGGACUGGAUAUAAUUCUCAACCAUGUGCUUUAGCUAUUGCCGAUUUUAAUAAUGACUUUGAGACAGAUAUUACUAUUGCCAAUUGUGAUGUUUAUCAGAUUUAUGACACUUUUUCCAAACUUAAUAAACGAUUUGAAAAUUUACUACUCUAUUCAACUUUUCCAUUGAAAAUGAAUAUUCCAUCUUUGUCGAAAUCAACAUUUGAACGUUAUUACAAUGAGAUCAUUAUGUCGAAUAAGCAUCGUAUUCGAUCACUUCAUUUAUCAGAUCCAUUCACAAUAGAAUUCUUUUUCUAUGUGAAUGACAAUAUUCCCAUUUAUUCGAAACUUGAAACACUUAUUCUUCCUUAUGUUGAUUCACAAUAUUUGAAAAAUCUUCUUCAGCGUUUAGCUUCUUUACCAAAAUUAUCGUCAUUAAGUAUUCUUAUUGGUGAUGAAUUAUAUAAAGAGUAUAUUUAUCAUCUAAUAUUUCAGCUUCCAGUAUUAAAAUCUUGUAAAAUAUCUCUUCAUAAAGAUACUUAUUUCACGUCAAUACCUCGAUGUACUAUAACACCAAGUCCUAUCGAGAAUCUGAUUAUUAAUGGUAGAUGCGAUUAUAACGCAUUUGAUGCCAUUUUAUCCUAUGUUCCUCAACUUCGUUGUUUAUCGAUUAAUAAUUUAUGUAGAUUUACCAAUCAAGGAACAUCGCUAUUUAAGACUAUUUUACGUAAUUUGACAAAUGUUUCUUUGACAAUGCAUCAUAUUCAUUUUGAUCAUAUUGAACCAUUGUUUAAGCAAUCUUUCAAUCACGUUAAAAUAUUACAGAUCUCGUCAAUUGGUGAUAGAACAUAUUUAUUAGAUGCUGAUCGAUGGGAACGAUUGAUUGUAUCUUAUAUGCCAUAUUUACAUAUCUUUGAUUUUGAACAUAAAAGCAAAAUACUGUCCUAUGGUGAGGAUGAAAAUAUCUAUCAACCUCUAUUAGACAAGUUCUCAUCUCCGUUUUGGUAUCAACGACAAUGGUUUUUUACACACGAAUUUAAUUGUGAAGUGCAUUCACACGGAAUCUUCUAUUCAACUGGACCAUAUCGAAAAAAAUCUUUUAGAUUUAUCAAUCCAUCAAACGAUGAUGAGUAUGGAUGUAAUGAGAAAACUAGUUAUCCUUCGGUUCAUCAUGUUAUGAUCGACAAUGGAAGAGUGAUACCUGAUAGUUUAAAAUACUUUCCAAACGCUACGAAAUUGAGUCUCUGCAAUAAUCGUAAUGCUAUUUUUCACUGGCCUACAAUCGAUGAGCUCGAUGGUAUUAUUCCGUUAAAUCAAUUGACUAAAAUAAUCGUUGAUUUAUCUUAUCUUCGUUGUCAUCGAUUGAUUAGACUCUUAAAAUUAACACCUAAUGUUCAUACGUUAGUAUUCAAUUCGAUAAGAUCAAAUGAAGCAGAUUUAUUGACAUCACAACCGCAGAAAUCUAUCUUUCGUCUAGUGUCAAGUCAAAAUCAAAUAAAAAAUCUCAUAUUUAAAAAAGAGUAUUCAAUGACCUUAAUGAAAGUACUCAUCCAACUUUGCCCUAAUGUACAACAUAUCUCGAUCAGUGUAAAUCACCGAUCUUUUCAACCAACUGUUCGUUUUUUAUUAUCUAAAAGAAGAAAAGUUAUUUCACAUUUAUCUUCAUUAUACAUUUUUCAUGUCUCUACAAUAGACAUGGAA